AUGUCUGUGCUUGAGUUACUGUCCUCCAAGCUGUUCUGGGUUCGAGUCGCUGCACUGCUCUUCUCUUGUGUUGCAUUUGGUGUUCAAAAGAUAGGAGCCUUUCUGCCCAAGGGUAGUCCCUAUGACUGGUGCAUGUUCUGCUGGAUGUUCAGCUUCACCUGUACCCUGAUCGUUCUGCUGGUGGACCUGUGCAGGAUCCACACCUGGAUUCCCAUGUCCUGGACAAAUUUCCCCAUCACUGUCGCCUGCUAUGCAGCCCUCUUCUGUCUGUCAGCGUCAGUCAUCUUCCCACUGUUUUUCCUCAGGAACAAGACAUACUUAAACAGCAAGAUCAAGGACUAUUGCAUUAUCUCCACAGUCUUCUCCUGUCUGGCAACAGUGGCCUACUUGGGAGAGGUGAUCCUGUUCAAAGCCAGUUCCAGGGAGGAGGCAGGUUACAUGGCCUCAGCUCCAGGAAUGAUAAAAGUGUGCCAGACCUUUGUGGCCUGUGUGAUUUUCCUAGUGAAAAACCUUAUGUCAUGUGGAGAUCUUCCUCCUUCUCUACAGUGGUGCAUGGCUGUGUACUGCAUCUGCUUCAUCCUCUCCAUGGCUGUGGUGUUGAUGUUUGUGUGGGACUGCACCAUCCACCUUCCCAGUAUGUUUCCCAAGCUCCUGUCAGGACACGGAUUCCUUAGCUUUGUCAUGUAUUUGUCCGCCACCAUCCUCUGGCCUAUGUAUCAGUUUAAUGACCAGUAUGAGGACAGAGAUUACAGCAACAAGAUGGCCGUGGCUGUGUUUACCUGCCUCAACCUUCUGCUGUACAUAGCUGACCUGGCAUACUCUACCAAAGUCGUCUUCAUCGACAUUAGCAAUGCUGACAACUGAAAUUAAUUAGCAAAAUAUAAAGUUUGAAUAAGUGAAUUAUUCUGUCAAGGACUCCUUCCAUUGCACAUUUCCCUUUGCUUUGCCCCGCCCUCGUAAUUCCUGACCAAUGACUGAAGAUAUCUUUAGUUAUGUUUUGAAUGCAAACCAUAUUAAAGGUCCAGGACUUUUGGACCAAAUUAAGCAUUACACUGUUUCUAUUGUCAACGUUAUAAUUAAUAUGACUUCUUAUUAAACUCUAUGUGACGUGAAGCUGAACGUGGAGAGAAGCUGAUGGUUAUGACUGUUUUUUUUUUUUUUUGUCUCUUCAUGACACUGAUUGUCAAAAAAGUGUUUGAGUUGUUUUAUGGCAUAAUCAGUGGACCUUCUGUAACUUACUUUCGUGGUUUCUUUGUGAUAUGAUUCUCUUUAACACAGUUUAGUAGAGCCCCUUAAGUAAACAUGUCUGUACACCGGAGAUAAGCAGUAGUUUCAUUUUGAAUCACGCUCAUUUAUCCGCCUGUUUUUUUAUGACAGUUUUAUCAUGUUUGAAAUGAUCUAAAGUUUCAAGUUUAUCCAAUUAAAGUUUCAGUAUUAAACCCAGAAACUGGAUUCAUUUACAGAAUUUGUUGUUGUCAUGAACUGAAACAAAAACUGGAGGAUUUAAACAGAAUACUGAGACAUAUUUAAACUCAAGUACUGUGAAUGUUAUUUGAGUUAUCUAUUCUGAAGCAAGACCGUCAUAAACCAGACAAUGUUUGAUCA